AGUAUGCGGUGCUAUACAGAGAGUGUCUGAAGCAAUUUUAUAAUUGUCACGAAGUAUCACAACAAUAGAAAAUAAAAAUAUGAAACAGUUACAUUGCAUUAAUAUUAUGCAUAUUUGCAUCGUCUUAUUAUUAUUCUUUUAUGCGGAAGAUGCAAAGGUAAUAGGUCAAAAUAUGAUGAGACAACCGCCAAACUCUAGGACACUGCAUAUUAUCAAUAAAACUUCUCCAAUAAUAUAUGAUAAUGGUUGUGAAUGUAUUCAUAAAUAUUAUUGUGGAUGCUGCCAAUUUAUAAAAUGGGAUGCAGUUUAUUUAAAUGGAACAUUAUGUGGAAAUGCAAGCUAUUUGGAUCAUGAUUAUGGGAUUUCAAUUACAUUAACAUACAACAAUUCUACUCUUAUUAAUGAAACAGUUACAGUUAAGGACGCACCACCUAUCUGUGUAGGAAAUUUUGUGAAUUCAGUUUUUGAUAUGUGCUUAGAAAUCUAUGAUGUAGAUGUAGAUUCUAAUGGAUUUCAUGCAUGUUUUGGAAUUUUAGGAAAAAUUAUGAAGUAUAAAAUCUAUAAAUUAGAGUUAGGUUGCAUUGGCAGUAUACUUAAAUAUUCCAUAUCACCUAAUGUGAUUUUAGUAUAGUUACAUAUUGAAUUGAAUAAAAUAUCUGAUUUUACAUAUACCAUUUUUUGGUUUCAUAUUUACGUAAUGCUUAAUAUUUGUUUGAAGAUGUAACAAUAAGAUAGUAAGAUUUGAUAGCUCUUUUAUUAUUCUAAAAAAUACACUUACGUGUAUUUAUGUUACUUAUGUGUGUUUAUUUUGACAUAAGAUCUUAUCUGUCUUUAUAAUAAUUUUGUAUUU